CUUCUGUCUUGUGGAUGUAGUUCCUUUUUGUUUGACGGCACGCUGUUCCUUUAUUUCUGGGAAAGAUAAACUUAGAAUAUUGUACCACGACUCCUCCAUAAAUCUUUUAGGGAUUUAACCGCUCAACUGCAAUGGCAACUGAAGAGGUUGGUUCUUGUGUUGAGUAGAUUUAAUACGAAAUCUGUAAAUCAGCUGAUUUUGGUUUUUAAUAGACUACCAAGUGAAAGUUAGAUACAAAGAGAGUUAAAGCUAAUGAAGUACUAUCCAGGAGUUUAAUACGCUAACAGUGUUUUUGCUAGAAACAGUACAGAACCCUUUUUCCAUGACUGUAUUUAUUGUAACGAUUUUAUUUAUAAGGUGUAAGAGAUUCCUACUAACUAUAUAUUAUGCCUAAACUAGUAAAUUUAGUGAUCCAGAGAACUGCAAGAGGUUUAAAUAGCAAUCACACACAGUUUAAUUAACCGGAACUUGCCCUAGGAAGAUCCACACUUCUGGCUAGGAGCAGUGUAGGUGGGUCUGGCAGGGGGAGGGUGGGGGUUGGAGCCAUGCGCUGCAGGGAGAAUGGUUGAUUUCCUCUGUUACACCUGCUAUCCAUUACUUUAGGAAGAUAAAUGAGCCUGUGCUUAUUGCAUACCCAACCGUGUACGACCCCACCAUGGUUUCACUAUGUCUUGAAGUGGUGGUAGUCUGUUGUUAAUAUAAUUUUGUGGCUGAUACAUAUUGUUUUGAGAAACCUCUCCCCUCCACUUCUGGUAUAAAUAAACCAAUAAUUAUUGACUUAUUAUUGGCCUUUUACUCCCUGAAGUGUACUCAACUCAGUCCUAUUACCUUUAUUAUUCUUCAAUCUGAAUGCCCACAGUUGAAAUGCUUACAGCAAUUAGUUCUUUAUGGCUGUAGAAUUUGCUUUUGAUCCAAGUGGUCCUCAACCUCAUUUGUUUAAGAAGUAUAAUGUAACUUACAGUAAUUUAUCAGGGUACAAAGAAAAUAAUUUUUACUGCUUGCCUUUCGGGCAAGCUGAAGCUAGCAUUUACUAGCCCAUUCAUCUUUUCAACUAGCCCCCAGAAGCUUUUUGAUGAGCAGAAUUGAUUUCACAGUUCUUCUAUUAUUCGAAUUCUUCAAAAAACAUAACUUGCCCGUCGGGAAAGUUAAAAACAGGAUUCACUAGCCCGGUAGCAAAACCCACUAGCCCCGGGCUAUUGGAGACUACUUUCUUUGCACGCUGUUUAUUACAUGACUGGCUCCACAAGCAGACAAGUUGAAGCAAGUUUAGUAUUCCGAUUGGCUACGCAAGCAGAAAAAUAGGCAUAUCUUGCCUGUGUUUCCACAAAAAAGAAGUUGGCCAAGAUCCUUUGAUUAUUAUCAUAAACAAAUGAAUAUGUUUAAUACAAUAUUUUAAUUUGAUACAGGGAAACAAGCUUUGGGGUGGACGAUUUUCUGGUAAAGUCGAUCCAGAGAUGGAAAAGUUUAAUGCAUCCAUUGGUUUUGAUAAAAGAAUGUGGAAGGAAGACAUAACGGUAUCUGUUGUAGAUAUUGUUAAAAGCUUUAUCCUGAGUCUUGAAUGGUCAAUGAUCACAAAAAUUUUGUCAAUAGCAAAUUGCUUAAAAUUAUGAUUGGUUCUUAACAGCCAAUAAUUAUUGUUUUAUAUUUGAUAUUUUAAUUUUAACUUCAAAACUGUCCAACUUGACCUGUCUGAUUACUAGGAGCUUGUUAUCACAGAGGUCAAAUUGGACAGUUAAAAGCCUUAGAAAAAAAGGAGGGAGAAGUGUUAUUAGUAUAUACUAAAACAGCGGAUAGUGUUUUUCAUGCGCCCUUGAAAAUUGAAAAAUUGUGGGGUAUCCUUGAAAAGUCCUUUUAAUUUUCCAAGGAAGUCCUUGAAUGUUUUUUAAAGUUCUUUGAAUAAAAAUAACCUUGGUUAAAAAAGAGUGCCUUGCACAAAGGAAACAUUGAAAGCACAGCAGGAUGCAAAUUUUCUUGGUGAUCAUGAAAGUGUGUUUUCUUAUGAUUUCAAUGUUCCUGGCAUAGUUCAUUUUCCGUUUUUUAAAGUACCCUAGGAACCGUGCCUUCCUGGGGGAGAGUAUUGCAAUAAGCAAACCUAUGAAUUUGAAAGGUCUUUACUUCACAGGGAAAAGAAGUCCUUGAAAAGUCCUUGAUCUUUUCCCCCAAAAUUUUGUAUGAACCAUGACUCUGUUAAAAGGCCCUGUUCAGUAUUGUAAGUUGUAUUUGAUUAAUCUGUGACAUAUAAUUGUACAAAGUGUAUUUAUUCAAAAUAAUUAGUGAAUGUUUCUUGUAAAAGGGAAGUGAGGCAUAUGUCAAGGCAAUACAAAAGGUUGGUUUAGUCACCAGUGAAGAAAUGACAGAAAUCUUGCGUGGAUUACAACAGGUCAGUUUGUACAUUGUAUUCUUUUUCAACUCCAUCUGCAUUUAAGGUGUACAUUACACAUGUAAUUCUCUAACAAAAUAAUACACUGCACAGUCUGGUUGGACAAAUUAUAUGUAUGGUUGUUGCAACAAUAAUGAGGCAAUCUUGGAGGGUACAGGAUCUGGUGGGAUGACUCAGGCCUUUCACCUUAAUUAAGGAGCUAUACACUGGCUGUUAAUUUGACUGUUUUUGCAGAAAAUAUUCUGUUUAUUUCAUGCUAAUCUCAUGAACAUUUUUGGGUAUUAGAGUUGUCUCAGCGGGACGGGGUAGGGGGGGGGGUGGUAUGGCCUAUAAUGGCCUAUACUGGGAGGCUCCACCUGAAAAGGGUACCUUUUUUUUUUUUUAGGCUUCAGGUAAAUGAAAAGGUCUACUAGGGAUUUUACCAGUUGAAGUGUAUGUGAGGGGUGGGAAUUAAGACUGCUUUUACAGCAGUUGAAAGGGAUGAAACAUCCUAAUCUAGGUACGUGAAAGGGGUACCAUUUGGCAAAAAAACCUCUUUUGUUAUUCGUAGGUUAAAGAAGAGUGGGCAAGUGGUAAUUUUGUUCUUCAACCAUCAGAUGAAGAUAUUCAUACAGCAAAUGAGAGGAGAUUAAAGGUACUCUUAGUCCAUUAAUUAAAUCCACUAGAAGGUUGUUGGUUCCAUUAUUAUGGAGACUUUGUAAUGAUGAAGUUUCUGUUUUUGAGUUUGGCUGAUUUCUUUCAUGUGACAAUUUAAAUGAUUUGACUUAUUUGAUAGCAAAACAUUUGUACUUUCACAUGGUUUUGUAUGUUUUUUUUUUCUUACUGUUGUACUUUGUCAAACUGAAAUUUUAGAUUUAUUUGAAGGUAACUUAUAAAUGGCCUGCCCUUCCCAAAAAACCUCCUUUACAUUGUACUGUAUAUAGCACCUGUGUUAUAAAGUAAACGAAAAUCUUUUUAAGGCUUUUCCUUCUGGCAAGCUCAGUUGGAUUAGUGCUGGUCUGUUGAGUGGGAAGUUGCGGAUUCAAACGCCAACUGAACCGCUACCCAGGGCCUUUAAAUAACACUAGCAGUGAUUUAGGAUCUUGUCUCAUAGAUGGUUACAUCAUUGGGUGGUGAUGUUAAGCCAUUGGCCUUGUCUCCUUCAUCCUUCUUUCAUUAGUCAAUUGGAAAGGUACUGAAAAGAACCAACUUUGCUGUUUGAAAAGAGUAGGGGACAUUUUCCCAAUGGUGUGGUGUACCUCAUUACACAUGUCAUUCAUAUCAUGGGCUGGCUUGGUUGCUUUUGGGGUCAUAAAUGGACUGAUAGCAGCUGCCAGUUGCCUUUUUGUAUGUUGACGACUGAACUUACUGUUAACAUGUUGAUGUAUAAUGUACAUGUACGAGGGCACAUGAGUUGUCCUCUAAUCUAUGAAAUUCAAAUGAUAAGCCUUUUGCUUUUGAUAAGAUGCUAUUAAUUCAAGCUUUCUUUGACGAGUCUAGUACAUCUGUGGUUCAAAAAUUCAUGAUUUAAAUUUUUGUGCACAGGAAAUUGUAGGAAAUGUUGGUGGUAAACUUCAUACUGGAAGGAGUAGAAAUGAUCAGGUAUUUAGCUAGCUGAAUUUGCAAACCAUUUAGAAUAUUAGGACUGUUUGCUUCACGUGUGUGUCUCUUGAGUGGUGAGAUGUGUGACUGUUGUGAUUCGCUAAAGUUAAAUUGCGUUGCCGACCUAGUCUUCCACAGAUAUCUACCCUGUAUACAAAUCAUAAGAGAUGACUGUGGGAAGAGUCAGAGGCAAACAUGCAAAUGAAUCAAUUAGAUCACGAGGUAACAACGUGUUUCCCUUGCCAAGCGUGUGCCCUUGAGAGAGCUUGCUUGCAGGCAAAGCACGGGUAACCUCGCCAAGCAUGGGAAAUUUACCUUAAUCAAGUCAAGUGUAGGAAAACGUGCCUUGGCCAAGCGUAGGGAAACUUAUCUUAACCACUCCCGUGUCAAAAACACAGUGCCAAGCCCAGAAAAAUGUGCCAUAACCACAAAUGCCACAUAUUAAAAUGGCCCAAAUUUUUUUCGAGAAAUUCUCAAAAUAUUAUUUUUAAAUAUCUCAUAAAGUUUUCCAAGCUUAAUGAAAACCCCCCAAAAUUUGAAGUUAUCUCCACAUUUUCCAAUUUUCCUCGAAACUUUUAAAUAUCCCAAAGAUAUCCUGAUAUUUGUUGUGGUCAGGCCUGGUAUAAAAAUCUCCAGUGCUAGCAAUCUGAAAUCUUAAUUUUUGCACGUAAUCUUUUAUUUAUUUUUUUGUUUACUUUUCCCAGGCGCAAGUAGAUGCAAGGUAAGUUGAGCUUUUGUGACGCAUAUUUGCUCGAUCAUGUUGAGCAUUAAUGGACUUCCGUCUAAAAAAAGACACCAAGCAUUGAUCUAGUUGAAAGAAGAAAAAUAUAUUUACCUGUCGUAAAGGGAAGUGUGUCUUGUUAAUUGUCCAGUCAAGUAGAUGCGCCGGCGCAGUGCGAAGCACUAAUAAAUUGUACGGGUGUAAGUUCGUUUUGAGGGGGGAGGGUAGAGGGCUUGCUUAGGUUUGAAAAAGCAAAAGAGCAAAUAAAUAACAAUAUUGUAAAGAAUCUACGUUUCAAAAUGCUUAGUUUGAUCUUAUGUAAGCAUUAGACGACUUAUGGACAAGUAACGACAUCCUACCCCAGCUUUGUCUACAUGCGUACAAUUUUAAGCGGUUUCACCAACUUUAAAUUGAGCGUUUUGGUGGCGCUUUUCACACUAAACAACUACGCGAUACGGUCAGCAAAUUACGCAUGCGCACAGCCAUACCAUCCCCACAGUAGGACCCAUGGACAAGUGCCGUUUUUCCGUGUUAGGGUUCAGAAACUUGGGGUAUCCUCAGAAAAAAAGGGUUUCAGUUACGAUUACUGUCACGAAGCGAGUGCAAAGUCGCCCCUUAACCAGUUUGAACUUUUCAGCAUCUUCUCCCCUGCUUCUUCCAGCUUCUCUGACGACUAUUUUUAUUAUCGCAGGUUAUGGCUGAAGAAUGAAAUUACAAUUCUUCAUUCGCUGGUGAUGGAGUUGAUCAAGACCUUUAUCACAAGAGCCAAAGUGUGAGUAUAGCAUUUAAAAGCUAGGGAUUCCACAAUAUACUAGGAAGGCAGCGCGCCGGCGGUUUCCGAUCAGUAGCUGUGUUUGUUACCGGUAGUCACGAGUUAAAAUCCUUAGGCAUACUUGCCGGCGCCGGUUCUCCUCGCCCUUAAAUCGGGAGCUUGAGUAACAAAGAAGGCGUCGACUACGAAAAUGUCACUUAAAGGGUGAAUUCGUGCGGCUGAAAACUUUAUGAUCGCGCUUAUUCCAUCUUUUUAAUCUUUAUUUUUAUUCUUUAAUUGAAAUAAUUGCCUCUAGCAAGCUAAUAUGGCAAUGGACGGUCAGUGCACGGAAGCUCAUGACAUUGACAGCGAGAUAAAUAAACAAAAUGAAAACAAAUAACUAAAUAAAUACAAACGAAAUUACAAGUCAUAUGAAAAAAUAAAUAAAUAAAUAAAAUUAAAAUCGUCAAAGCAUAAAAUUAUUACAAAUACUUGUAUGGAACACAGCAACGGAAUCAGCACGUACGGAAACAGGAGACAAAGCGUUCCAAGCGGGAAGAGGCCAUCACCUUCGAUUCGUCAAAUGUUGGCAGAUUUUUCUGGAGCUGAAUUAUAAAAAGCUAUGUCGAAGUUCAGGAAAAGAAAAAGAAAGUCGUCGUCGUGUGUUCACGUCCUCCAGAAGACGUGAAACUAAGCAUUUUCACGUCGUAGUCGUGCAGUGAACUGAGUGAAGGCAAAGAAAAUCGUGAAGCACGUGCAAAGUUGUUGUUUUGCCAAUCUAAACCUUUUGCUUUUUGCCCUUCUCGUUGACGUCACCGUCGUUGCUUAAGCUCCCUACGAACCGGCGCCUGCUACGCAGGCUACCUCCUCUACGAAGCCGUUUUUGACUCGUCACGCAACGCUUCUCCCCAACAAGUAGCCAGCGUAGCAAGCGUUUCCGUGUGGUUUUGGAGAAAAGAAAGACCGAAGAACGCGGUCUGACUCUCGUUCCUUGUUAAUUGCUCCGAAACCGCAAGGAAACGCUUGCUACGCAGGCUACCCAUCAAGGAGACAACUCGACACCACACGUGAUACGAUAGAAUGCAAGCAAGGGCCCAUGGCUUCUAAUACAAGUUAUGAUUGGACGGCAUCUGAAAGGAUAAUUUGGCGCGAAACAGUUUCAGAAAAUGGAACAGUAGCUAUGAUUGGUUCAAAUAGGGAAAUGAAUGUGGUUCGAAUGUUUAUAGCAGCCGCUUGUUGGGGAGAAGCGUGUGUUGCGUGACGAGACAAAAUGGCAGCGAGGGAGACUAGCUACCUCUUGCCAGUUGGGUUUUUUGACCCUGUUCUGUUACAUUUGUUUCAAAUUAUUUGAUAGCCUGAGAAAACAUCCGACAUUUCGCAACCCUACAACUUUCUUUUUGUGUGUGUUAUUCUUAGAGAGAUAGAUGUCUUAAUGCCGGGAUACACCCAUAUGCAGGUACAGAAAGGAUGUUGUUCUUUUUGUUUUUUCAAAAAUUAUAUAACUUUCUUGCAACUACUUGAUCGCAUUUUUAUGUGUGUUCUUUUCAGCGGGCUCAACCGAUUAGGUGGAGUCAUUGGUUAUUAAGGUAAGUAGCAUAACGCUUAAAUUCUAGUCGUAUUUAUAAUCAAAUUAAAGUUCUCCAGAAGAUCCCGUUGCCUGCGUAGCUGGCGAGAUUGGUAUGCGCGGGGUACUUUUUCUCGCGUCUCCGCCGCGAAAAAACAACUCUAAUCCCCCGCUAAUCCCGCCAGCUACACAGGCUAAGACAGCAUGCAAAGAAAGUAGUGUCCGAUAGCCCGGGACUAGUGGAUUAAUUGCUAUUAGUUUGGCCCCAGUUGUUAGAAAGGUGGAUAGCGUUAUCCGAUGGAUAAAUCUCUGUCCAGUGGAUAACGCAAUCGGUUUCCCAAAUAUACUUAUCCGCUGGAUAGUGAUUUAUCUGGCCCCGGUUGUUCAAACGUUGGAUAGCGCUAUCCAGCGGAUAAAUCACUAUCCAGGUGAUAACGCAAUUGUUUCCUGUAAUACGUAUCCGCUGGAUAGUGAUUUAUCCGGUGGAUAGCGCUAUCCAGCUUUUGAGCAACCGGGGCCUGGUGGAUAGCGCUAUGCAGCUUUUGAACAACCGGGGCCUGGUGGAUAGCGCUAUUCAGCUUUUGAACAACCGGGGCCUGGUGGAUAGCGCUAUGCAGCUUUUGAACAACCGGGGCCUGGUGGAUAGCGCUAUGCAGCUUUUGAACAACCGGGGCCUGGUGGAUAGCGCUAUGCAGCUUUUGAACAACCGGGGCCUGGUGGAUAGCGCUAUGCAGCUUUUGAACAACCGGGGCCUGGUGGAUAGCGCUAUGCAGCUUUUGAACAACCGGGGCCUGGUGGAUAGCGCUAUUCAGCUUUUGAACAACCGGGGCCUGGUGGAUAGCGCUAUCCAGCUUUUGAACAACCGGGGCCUGGUGGAUAGCGCUAUGCAGCUUUUGAACAACCGGGGCCUGGUGGAUAGCGCUAUGCAGCUUUUGAACAACCGGGGCCUGGUGGAUAGCGCUAUUCAGCUUUUGAACAACCGGGGCCUGGUGGAUAGCGCUAUGCAGUUUUUGAACAACCGGGGCCUGGUGGAUAGCGCUAUUCAGCUUUUGAACAACCGGGGCCUGGUGGAUAGCGCUAUGCAGCUUUUGAACAACCUCGGCCUGGUGGAUAGCGCUAUGCAGCUUUUGAACAACCUCGGCCUGGUGGAUAGCGCUAUCCAGCUUUUGAACAACCGGGGCCUGGUGAAUAGCGCUAUCCAGCUUUUGAACAACCUCGGCCUGGUGGAUAGCGCUAUCCAGCUUUUGAACAACCUCGGCCUGGUGGAUAGCGCUAUGCAGCUUUUGAACAACCGGGGCCUGGUGAAUACUGUUCGUAACUUGCGCGACCGGCAAGUGAAGUUUUUUGGGGAAUUCAGAUUACAGAAGAACCGUAAUCACUGCAAUCAAUGGUCUUCAAAAAUGUUAUUGCGGGCUAGUUCAAAUGACUUUUCGGCAGCUUGCCCAAAUGGCAAGCUGCAAAACUGAUUUUCUUUGCACCCUGUAAGGCGUUCUGUAUUGGCCAUUUUUUGAACAACAGUGGCUUAAUCUAGAAUACAAAAGUGAAAGAGGAAUACCAAGGGAAAUGUCACAUGCUGGAAUCAGCUCUAAACCGUUUCACUGUUUCUCUCUCUAGCGAACCUCAUCAGUAUGUUCAAGCUGCAUCUCUGUUCGGCGUCUCGCCCAUUUUUUUUCUUUUUCGCAAUGAUCGGUAAAUCGAUGGAUAAGCUGAGAUAAAUAUACGUGCAUAUACUAAUUUGCAGCCUAGUUAAUACGUGCCAUAUAUCUGUUAUUGAUGUUCCGAAAUUUCUGACGCGUUUUAAUGUAGCUAUACCUGGGCACUAAAGAGAGACGCUGAAAGACUGAGGGAACUAUCAAAAAGAGUCGACGUUAAUCCUUUGGGAAGGUAAGGAGGUUGCCGUGGAGAGUAUGACCUUAACGCUAAGUUUUUUCAAAACGUCUGCUACAUGUAUUAUUAGGGACUUUAAGAUCCAACGACGCGACGGCAACGAGAACGUCGCUUAAAAAGUGAAUUUGCGUUCUUUCAGUCUUUAUGGCAAUUAUUCGCACCCAGUUACUUUGUCAAAUGUAGGCGAACCCUCCUGGAGUUGAAUUCCUAAGGACCAUAUCCAGGUACAGAAAGAGAAACAAAAUUUCGUCGUUGCUUGUUUACGUACUCCAUAAAACUGAAACGUGAAGUUAUAUUAGGCAUUUUCACGUUGUAGUCGUGCAAAAACGGGCAAAGAAAUGUACAAAAAAGCGUGAUGCACGUGCAAAGUUGUUGUUUUGCUUUCAGCUUAUUAAACCUAUUGUUUUUUUGACGUCCUCGUUUCCGUCCGCGUCGUUGGAUCUUAAAGUACCUAUUAUUGGGCUCUAAGCUUCGUCCAUGCAGCGCUUAUCUGUAACAUGAAACUUCCAGCCCCCUCCCUCCGUGCUAGUUCACUGUCCCUCUUCAAUCGCUCAAGUGCACACCUCCGUCUCUCAGCCUGUCCGCACAGAUUAGUGAAUGAACCGAGAGGAACCUGGGGAGAGAAGGGAGGAAAAGGGACCUUCGGGACUCUCGCUACCUUGUAACUGAGCCAGGUUAACUCAGAUUCAGUUCACGCACGUUUUUCAGAAAAUCUCACAGUUAAUGUAAAUUAAAAGUUUUUACUGAAUCAUUUGCCUCCGACUUACUUUCAGUGGUGCCAUUGCGGGAAAUCCUUUUGGUAUUGACCGACAGUUUCUUGCCAAAGGUAGGAUCUAAAGUCUCUGUUGAUCCGGUAACGCUAAUAUCUACAAAUAGCUUAAAUUUUUUUUGCGAGGCUGCGCCCAUGACAUUUCUUACAUCUUGUCUGGCACUUUCUGGAAAGUUAUGUUAAAGAAAAUCGAGGGAAAAGUGUAAUUUUUUCCCCGAGCUCACUUAUGCCUUUACAGUUUUGGGCAAAGACUUUGGUCGGGAUGGGAAGGAGAUAUUCCUUUCGAGUGGAGCCUCUAUGUAUAGGACUUUGUUGUAACGUUCUGUUCACGCAGUUAGUAUUAUGUUAACUUUUAUCUUUGCACAGAGUUAGGUCUCUCAGGUGUUACGGGGAACAGUAUGGACGCCGUCGGGGACAGAGACUACAUCGUCGAGUUCCUCUUUUGGGCUUCUUUAUUAUCCACACAUCUCAGGUUUGCUUUAAUCCUUUCAAUCCCGUCAUUAAAACGCACAAAUUUAUUGCUUGUUUCUGCGCCUCUGGUAAUUCGCCUUUUGUCAGUAUAGAGUAUCUGUUUUGCGGUACUUUUCAAUUGUCACAUUCACAUUCUGCUUAUUUUCAGCGAAGUUCAGCCACUGGAAACUUAACGAAUUUCAUUUCUGAUCAUUUCAACUGGCUAGAACGUAAUGCUUUUAAAGUUGGCCCACAAUGACUUGAACUUUGGUUUGCCUGUGGCUGAAAGAUAAUGAUUAUUUAUUUAUAAUUAUUUAUUAACGUAUUCACGUGACACCUAAGGGCGUAACCAUGCUACCUUUUUACAAUACGUACGUCCUUUCUCCUUGAAAGUGAUGAAAGAACUGUGGUGCUUUUACAUGAAAACAGCAAUUGUCUUCUAAGAUCUAGUUCUUCUUUUCUAAAAGUUUGUUACCCUCUUUUUUUUUAGUCGCUGGGCGGAAGAUAUGAUUCUUUACUCUACAAAGGAGUUUGGUUUUAUUUCUUUAUCAGACGCUUAUAGGUGAGAAAUGGUCGCUUUACCAGGUAGAAAUUUCUUGACGAUAAACUGCAUCAUCUCUGUUAAUAUUUAACCUUCACUUGUUGCUGUCAAACUGCAAAGAGCCACAUUUUGCUUUUCAUUUCUCCGUUCGAUCCAACCAAUCGUUUGAGUAUUUUAAAAACCGUUUUAGACAGAAAGACAUUUUCGCUUAUUUCAAUUUCCUCGGGCUACAAACUGUACUUUUCGAAUGAAAUACCCAUCCGGAAGACUAAAGUUGUCUACAAAGUAUGGAGCUUACUUUUUGCAUGGGCGUUAGCCCUGCGUCAGAGAAAAUCUAGGUCUGGGGCCAGCUGCACGAGUCCAAAUCAGAAGUAAUUCAGAACUUUUUACAUGUGGCUUUGAAAUAAACAGUUUGACGGGAAUGAACGUCGGGCGUUAACUGUUUGAAUACUGGCGAAAGCCUAGAGCUCAAACAUGGAUUCUACAACAGUCAAGGUUUCAAUAGACCUUUUCAAGGUAUUUUUCAAGUUUUGAUCGAGGUUAGUAUACGAAUAUACAUCCACAUUGCUGAAAAGAAUACUUUAAACGCUUUAAAGUAAACUGUCCAAGUUUCGAGGUGAUUGUGGGCAAGAACACAACGUUUGUAACUUCGCGACUUUUUGUAGCCAUAUCUUUCGUAGCUUAAUCAUGUUUACAUUACUGAUUUUAAGGCGUUGUUUCGCUUUAAAAAAAAAUAAAAAUGUGCUUUAUUUGUGUGUCUAUGUAUUUAGCACGAAAGUCCUAAUUGGAACCGCCAGAGGCUCCACUCUUUGCCCUUUAACCCUCUGACUUCGGUCAAAAUCAGUUUUUUUUUCUUUUUUCUUUUUACGUUGAUAUCUUAGCACAGGAAGCAGUCUCAUGCCACAAAAGAAAAACGCUGACAGUUUGGAGCUCAUUCGAGGCAAAUCUGGAAGGAUAUUUGGUCGAGUAAGUGAAAGAAAAACAAACAAACGUAACCGCGGUUGCGGCUUGCCACUUGAAAACUUCUGAAUCUGAAUUCGAGAAGAUUUUUCGUCAUUUUCUCACCCGGCAACAAGCGUCUUAUAAUAUUAUCUCCAUCUUUUUUUGCUUUCAGUGUGCGGGUAUGCAGAUGACGUUAAAGGUAAAACUAUUCUUAUAUACUGUAUUUUUCCUUCCUGAUUAAAUAGUUUCUUUUGUAUAAGAGGUGCGAAUAAGUCUCUGUGUUCCAUACGUGAAAACCAUAAAGGUGAUGUUACACGGGGCGAUUCGCAACGAGGAUUUUUAGCGCAACACAGGGUUGUAAUGCUGGAACAAUGUUGUAACAAUUCGAAACAAUGUCGCAACAAUGUUGCAACGCUGUGUUGGGAUAAAAAUCGUCGUUGCGAAUCGUCUCUCCUCACAUCAUCUUAAGGCCGAGAUUACAGUAAAUUUUAACAGUAGUAUAUAAAGUUUUUUGUGCCUGGUAAUUAGUGUCUUUACGCCUUGUGGAUUUUUAAUCAUAAAAAUCGCUGAUCUGUUAAUCAUACAUCCUGUUAGCCUGCGUGCAGACGAUAACUAAACUCUGAUUAGUACCGUCUGCGAAGCAGCGCAGAGAUCCUUGUUCUGGACCGCCAACGGACUCAACGAAUUACCGGAAGUGCGUUUCGAAUUCCCCUUCAACCUGAUUGGCGAUCACGACAAACAAAACAAAGGCCUUUUUUAACUGGCCAAUCGUGGCGCGUACUCAAAUCUGGGAACACAGCUGGAAGUCCAGAACAAGGAUUUCGGCGCUGUUUCGCAGACGGAGUUAACCAGAGUUUAAUUUCGUCUGCGCGCAGGCUAACAUCCUGUGUAUGAGGUAAAAGUAAUAUAACUUUGACUUAAAAGUCUCACUCUCUUCACUCGUUUUUGCUCCAAUUGUAUUACUUGCCCCAAUCCAUCGUACUCACCUUAAUUUCAUUCCCAACGAACAGGUGCUCUAGCUCUAUGUUGACUUCUGUAUUUGAAAGUGUUGUCAAGGAGGAGCUUUUCUAAAUAACAAAUUGAUAUACUUUUUAAUUUUUUAAAGGGUAUACCCAGUACAUACAACAAAGACCUGCAGGUUAGGUUAAUAUUUCUUUUUGCUGUUUUUUCACUCCGUUUGGGACAAUGUUUUUCGGCGGCUCAUUUCAGCCGAAGCGGGGAUACUGAUAGUAACCAUAGAAGUAACUAAAUAAGGGCGUAGUCAGUGGACCGGUUAUGAAAGGCGGCAAACAUCAAAGAUAAAAACGACAACACCAACAGUGCUUCAGUUUAUGUUGGAAGCUCAUUGACAGUGCACAAUCCUUUCUUUUUGUUCACAAAUCGUGACUGAGUAAAUUAUUGCGUCGUUCUUAUUGGUCAGGCCCCAGUUGUUCAAACGUUGGAUAGCUCUAUCCACCGGAUAAAUCACUAUCCAGCGGAUAAGUAUUAGGGAAACCAAUUACGCUAUCCGCUGGAUAGUGAUUUAUCCGGUGGAUAGCGCUAUCCAACGUUUGAACAACUGGGGUCAGGAGGAUAAAAAAGUAUUGGAAUGCUAUUGAUCUUUGUGGACCUUCAGGUUCGCAAAAACAUAUAACAAAGGAGUCUGACGGGUCUCAUAACCAUUCCACCCUAUUGACCGUGACAAGGGUGAUAUCUUUUAAAUGAAGGGGACUAGUUCGGAUUUCGUGGAGGCUUUUUCAGUUUAGGAAAGGAAUAGUCAAGAAAUGUUGGCCAUCUCUUUGUUCAUAAAAUCAGAGUCAGUACUAUAGCUCUUUACACAAAAGCUCAAAACCUGAACAAUUUAAAUAUUCUGUAAAAAAAAUGUCUGACUUGCCAUGUUUCGUAUUUGUCACCAUUUUGAAAAACGCGGCCUUAUUUGCAAACCGCGGGCAGUCUGCCUGAGACACGGGGGAGGGGCGGGACGGGGUGCGGUACAUGGUUGAAGGCACAAGUUUUCUAAUGUUGUCCAUCAAAGAACAAGGCUUAAACAGUGUAAGAUCAAGAGGACUUUGUAAUUCCCAUAAAUUGCUAAGAAUUUUAAUUAAGUUGCCCCCAAAAUCAAAAGUUGCUCCAAAUGGCAAAGGUUUCCAGAAAGUUGCUCCAAAUAGCAAAAGUUGCCGAGCAACUUGUGGCUUAGGCUACACUUGACUUAUGAUGUCAAAGGCGCAUGACAGGACGUACAUAGCCGAGUUGGAGCUCAUAGCUGCUGUUUCUGUUAAUAUUGUCCAUGUUAGAAAAACCUUAGAGACACUACAGAAACCAUCAAGUAACAGAGGUUGUAGGGGGUGUUAGAGAUAUAUUGAAGUGGGUCAGAAACAACGUUUUUUUGAGGUUGAGGCGGGUUGUUAGUUACUUCUCAACGUUUCGCGUUGACUUAAUGACUUAAAUUAUGUCACUAAACUUCAUUUCUCGGUAUCGGAGUAUGAAAGGUCUCAGGUAGCAAAAUGAACGUAGACUUGAGUAUUUUUACCAUUUAUAGGAAGAUAAAGAACCUCUUUUUGAUGUUUGUGACACGCUGCGAGGCUUACUAAAGGUGGCUACAGGAACAUUAAGUACUUUAAAGGUUAGUUUGAGCUUUCUCGUUUACCGUAUCAAUCGUUGACGCCCUGAUAAGUGAUGAGCAUUCAGCUUUUUUUUUUUCGCAAAAGCGAUACUUAAACAGUUAGGGAGUUCUUAGGAAUUGGGCGUAGAACUAAUCAAGAUUGAUUAAAGAUGGAUUAAUUAUCUUGUUGUUAACAGUUUAACCCCACCAUUGCCUUAAUAAGUUUAUAGAGACCACUAAGAAGAAUAGGUCAUUUCCAAGUAAACCCAAGCUUCUGUUUUAAAGCGAGAAUAAGAGUGAAGCGUGCGAAGCCGUUGAUAUGAAAAUGAUUUUUUAUUCUCAAGCCUCGUUUUGAAACUGAGGAUCGAACUCGUAAUUGGCCUCUUAGUAGUCUAGUCUGUAAUUUGGGGAUUAAAGUGUAAAGGAUUCUGUCAUUUCCUGAUAUUUUAAAAGCAAUUUUGUUUCUUUUAUUUGGAGCCUGUCUCAUAAAAAUGAACUUAUCUUUCUAAUUUACCCUUUUUUGUGAGGGAGGGAGGUUAGGGUUAGGGUCCCAGUAAGUCAUCCUGGUGAGCUAAAUCAUGCCAUACUGCUCUUACAUACGAUUCAUCACUAAUUAUUUGUCCUUUUGAUCAGAUUCAUAAGGAAAACAUGUUAGCUGCUCUGAGUCCGGACAUGUUAGCUACCGACCUCGCCUACUAUCUUGCUCGAAAAGGGGUACGUAUAUAUUUUAGAGGGAUACUCCGGUUUACCCCAACCUUCGAGUGGCAAAAUUGAAUUGUCUCUCUAAGGACAGAGUUUCUGUUUUAUUAAUUGUUGUGAAACCAAUAGAUAAGAGAAUUGAUGAGGUGACAAAAAAUUAAAUUUAUGAAUUUACGAGCCAGGUUUGUAUAUCCAGAAAAAAAAAACAAGAUUAAGGAUGUCCACUUGCUAAAAAUGUAUCUGUUGGUGCAAAAUUGUUGGGAGAUAUAAGCAAUGUUAUGCUCUGCAUCCGUUGAUACAACAAAAUGGACUGGUUUGUUAGCUAGGACGUGCGCUUUUAUUUUCUAUAUUUUGAUUGAAUAUUUGAUUACGGGCCCAAAAAGUUACCAGGGCUUUCGAGAAACGGUCCCCUCGAUCGUAAACGUCACAAUCCAAGCCAAUUUCAGAAGGAUUUGCAUGGAGUCAUCAGAACAUAACGGUGCUUCUAUCUCCUCACUCAUUUUUCCCCAGGCUGAUUUUUGGCAAAGGGGUCUUAUUUCACCUUGUUCUUUUUGAAUAUGCCAACCAAUCCCAUAAUGCAACUGGCGGCAAGCGCUGGAAAAUAAGUUGCACUGCGCCAGCAAAACGCAGCUGUCUACUGAUUGCUUGUGACAAUACAAAAACACUAGCGUAGAAAAUUGAAAACCCAGUUACUAUAAUGUUCUUACAGUUCUGUUAACUGUAAUGUAGUACAUCCCUUUAAGACGUUUGCAGUAUUCUUGCAGGUUCCCUUUCGCGAAGCUCAUAGUCUUUCAGGAGCUGCGGUUCAUGCUGCUGAAAAGAAGAGCUGUCCUUUGAACGAACUAACUUUGGAGGACUUGAAGGAAGUCAGGUGUGUUUUGCGUAUGAAGUAAAUUCACGUGACUGAGAAUGCACACAUCAUUGAAAGAAUUCUGAAAAGAAAAAGGAUCCUGUUUGUUAACUAGCCUACGAGUAAGCUCUCCAAUUAUGGCAGGCGAAGCGAGCCGCGACAGCACCCGCACGCGAGGGGUUCUCGCGUGAUUUCUCGCGACUUCCUCAAAUGGAGAGCUUACUUGCAGGCAAAUUUGAAUAACCCAUUUAUUUGAACAUAGCAUUGCAUUAUCCUUCCAUAGAUUUUAUAGUUUAAUUACUGCCUCUUAUGUUACAUGGUCCGGCUGAAAUAAAAAAGUUUUGAAUGGAUAAUCGAAAUACAUAUCCAUAAAAUUAGAAAACCAACAGCUUAACUUCAGACACGUUUCAUGGACCUGUAAUGUAUGUAGUUGUGCCAAACUCGCCUCAUCAAAGCCUUUGCAAUUACCCUGGAGUCCAAAACUGAUUUAAACUUACCUAAUAUUAAAAGCAUUUAGCCUGACCUAAACUUUGCAUAGGGCUUGACAACUGAGCAAAAAAAUCAAGCAGGAGCUAACUCAAAUCGCAGCUGCUUGAUUUUGUGCCUUACGACUUUUCAGUCAAGCGUUUUGUAAGGGUAAAGAGGACGCGCGCAUUUACGCUCGUUCACGCAAUCAUAUUUUGCCCGAUUUCUUGAAUCUUGCGAGGUAUUUUCAAUCAAGUACUAGCCUGCGUGGUUGGAAAAAUAAGAGCGGGUUAGUUAGUGCUUUUUGGUGACGGGGCCGCCUCACAACAAAGGCACUGGGAAAAAAAACCGUCACGCGCAAUGAAUUCCGCCAGCUACUUCGGCUAAUCAAGUGCCUGGUGUGAAUUCCUUAGUGGAACAAGUUUAAUAGGCUAUUCAUUCACGUGGCACGGAAACCUCUAUGCUGGAGAGCAAGAAACGUAAUGGGAGAAGACAAACAAAGCAGUUACCAUUUUAAAUGAUGUGAGCUCUUUAUUUUUAUUGUUCCAGUCAGUGCGCCCCGUCCACUUACCACCUUAAUGUGGUUUUUUCGUGAUUGGACCAGGUCUUGCCAUAUUAGCGACCGUUAGCAACCACAGCGGCAACGGUAACGACGACGUGAAAAAAGCAAUAGGUUUGUUAAGCGGAACAACAAUUCUGCACGUGCAGCACACUUUUUGUUUGGGUUCGGUCUCUAAGAAUUCAAUUCCAGCGAAAGUUACUUGCAUUUGACAUUUUAUAAGGGUUGAAAUAAAAACUUUGAAAAAACGGGAAAACUUUUUCAAACUGACGUUUUCUCUGCCGUCUCCGUCGUUGUUGCUAAGGCUCCCUAUUACUUACGCAACCGCUUAUAAAUGCGCCCUAGAUCUCACUAGGGCGAACGCAUAAUAUUAAUGGGGAUAUUUUUAAGUAAAAAUUCAUUGUUAAUGAAUUUUUUUUUCCUUUAUGUAUAGCCCUCUGUUUGAGGAGGACGUCAGCGAUGUGUGGGAUUAUGAACACAGUGUGGAACAGUACACAGCUGAAGGUGGAACUGCUAAGGAUUCUGUUCAGAAACAGAUAAACAAGCUGCAAGAGUGGUUAAACUAUCACGGAGAAUAGACCCUAGGCACAAUGCUCAAUUUUUGUCUCUUGGAGAUUUUUAUUUUUCAAAAGUAGGUUUUCGCUUUGACUAAAAUGAUUUAUUUAUCACAAAGAGAAUUUUUUCUUGUAGUAAAUGGGAAA